AUGGAUGGACCAUCAUCCAGUAAUGUAACCGGCAGAAGAAAAGUGAGUUUUUUUAAAAUAAAAGUUUGUGGGGAUGUUGCGUUUCUCAGAGAACGGCAGCUCGUGUAGACGUCGACGAUGAUGACGACGGAUUGGCGUAUUCUGGAUCCACACCGGUUCGGAGACUUCGCGGAAAUCGACCGUCACAAGAGCGUACGGUUGCACAAGAUGCCGUGAUGAAGCAGAUUAACACACAUGUGGAUGACAUUGUUAAUAAGAAGAAAGUUGGAGCGCUGAACUGUUUUGAGUACAAAAGUCCGCUCGAAAUGUACGGAAUUCAGCAAAUGAUUGAUGCGAAAGCCUCUCUCCAGGAGAUGGCAACCGUGCUGGAUAGUGCUCAGACAGUCAUCGCAUUUCGUGUCGAUCGCCUCCACCAUGACGUCAGAAUGUUGGAUCAAGCUCUUUCACAGGGUAAAAACUAAACCUUAUGAAACGUUCAAAGUUUACAAAUUUCAGGAGAGCAAAUGCGUGAUGGUUCGGACAGCCUGAAGUUGACCGUCGAGAGUAGGAAAGCCAAGAAAAAGCUAGCCAGUAAGCAUCGUGCAGUCUCCGAUUUCUCAUGAAACGAGUAUUUUCAGUUUCUGAUGGCAUGAGCGGAAUGGUCGAUUAUCUGGAGUCGCUCGACGAUAAUGAUUACCUCGAGAGGUUGCGUCGCGAUAUGGCCAAUCUCGAUAUGCCUGCCGAUGACGAGGGAACUGCCGGAGAGCCAGUGAUCGAUAUGAAAGCCAACUCGAGGGACGUGGACCUUUUCACACAGUCAAAUAUUUGUGCAGAGGACAUUAUCAAAGGUCUUGUCGCGGAGCGCUUCAACAAUUUCAGAGACCACAUGGAGCAGGACGCGUCUAGAUUCCACGUUUCCUGCGAAGCCGCGAACGAUCUCAAAGACGCCAGUGUCGAUUGGUUGAAGACGAAUCCCACGUUCCAAAAGGCGACCAAAGGCGCCAUCGACAACACGGCAACCUCAUUCCAUUCUCUGAAUUAUUACGGUGUUCACUCGCCCAGCGGACGCACUCUUGUACUUCAUCCACGUAUUCAUGAUCGGCAGGAAGACGACCGCUAUUUUACUCAGGACGUGAAUGUCUCACUCGUGAACAACACGAGAGCUUUGCUAGGAAACGCUUUGGCCAAAAAGCCAGCAGUACUUGACAACUAUUUGAUGCUUGAAGUCAAGGAUCGUCCCGUCAUCGGAAGAUACAAGAUCAUGUCGAAAGAAGUGAAGAAAUCCGCACUGCCGCUGGCGGAGGCUUCCCGGGAAAGAGAUCUCGCCAAUCUAACGUUCGCUGAGAUGAAUCUCAACAGACUCAAUAGUGAAGCUGCCGCCGCCGCCGCUGCAGCUGUUUCCGCAGAUGCCACCGUUCUUGGAUCCGAUAUGUCGAUGCUUCCAGGCCAUCAGGGAUUGCCUUUGACUACGGGAGAUGCCGACACGACCAUAGCUACCGACGCUCCGAAUCUGAACCAGACACUCUCAGCUCGUGGAAGAGCCAAUAACGAUGAGUACGUUCCGCCGAGAUUCGAAGACGUAAGUUGAAAUGAAAAGUCUUUUCUCAUCGAAAUCUAUGAGUUGUUUUUCAGCUUGCCCUCGAAGAAUCAUUGAUCGGACGAGUUCCAAUGGAUCCCAUGGAUAUGGACAAGUUGACUAAAAUGCUCGAUGAGAAACUCAACGUUUACAAAAUCUCGGAAAUGAUCGAAGCAAAAGUGUGGAAGAAUGGAUUGCGUGCCGAGGAAUGGGGACAGGACUGCGAGGAAGAGCUGACUGCGGAGACUCGGAACGUCGCUCAGGCCGGAAUCGAAGGAUGGAUCAAGGGAACCGACGCCUGGACGAAUUACGACGUCGUCAAGAUGUACGUCAAUCGGGACGCGCGUGCGGAGCUCGACGAGACCGCGUACAACGAGCGGGACUCGAGCAGAAAUCUCGUUCCGGACUUUGGAAAGAACUUCUUCUUGAUGAAAUCGGAGGAAUACAUGAAUAAUUAUCCUGCCGAUAGAUUCCAUGACAUCCAAAUGGAAGGAGAAGAGCUCGAUGUGAUGAAAAUGGCAGGAGAAGAAGGCGAAGAAGAAGAGAUACCAUUAGAAGAGAUUCAGAGAGAAAUCCAGAAGAUCAACGAAAGAAACGAGAGGCAAGAAUAUGAUUUGAUUGGGGAUAACGACAUCGACGCCGAUGACUUCCACGUCGAGUUCGACGAUCAUCUUGCCGCUCCCGCCGAUGAGGACGACGGAGCCGAUAUGGCGAACCGACACGACGACGGCCAAAUGGCUGACAUUCUUUUUGCUGCUCCUUUGGAUGAGUAAGUACCCCUCUCAUUGCCUAUGAUCCUUAAUCCCCUAUUUCAGAAGAGACGAGGACGAAAUCAACGAGCAUGUGCUCCAACGCAACUUUGAGGACAUUGCGCUCGGCGCAGAUGAAGUCCCGGAGCUCAUGACCGGCGCUGCCCAAGAGCAAUUAGUCGGUCCGUCGGCUGAGAUGCGCGAAGAGAUCCGAAAUAUCGGUAAGGUCGACAACGCUCAUUGGGUGCCACCAGAGAUCGCCGAUCAGGAGAAAGCCGCAGUACUGCAGAGGAAGAAGAGGGAGAAGAAGGCGAAGGGAAAGAAGGCGACUAUCGACGAGUACGUGCACUACUUCCGUGACAUCCCGGACGAAGAGCGGGAGCGCGAGGGGACCGACGCCAAGUGCCAUAAGAUUGCCGAUGAACGGAACACGUUCCUCUCCGAGUCGCAGAUCUACAUGAAGACUCUUGGACAGGAGCACAAGCCGCACGUGGCACUAGAUCUGAGCACCUUCACCACGAGCAGUCUGUUCGCCAAAAUAGAUUCUCAAGUGCCGCCGCCAAUCAGAUCCCUCGUGUUCCAAAAGUCGUUCGGUAGAGUGAAGCUGGAGAGAGUCACGAAUCGAAGAACGGAAGAGGAAGAGUUCUACAUGGAAGACAACAAAGGGAACAAAGACGCCGAUUUCCUCAGUUGGCUGCUCACUUUCAACGGAUUCAGAUGCAUGGAGUGGGCUUUCAUCGUGUGAACAACCUAAACUACUUUUUUUUAGAAAUCCGGACACCGUUCCCCAAUUCUCAGAAGUUCACGACGACGAAGAUGCUCCGAUGUACAACAACGACGAAAAUGACAUGCACGCCGACAACUUCGUACGAGACUCGUUUCAAUUUAAUAUUAAUACGCUUGAUUUCAGGACGACGAUUACGACAGAUACAAUCCGAGAUAUGCGCAGGAGUUGGCCGCUUCGAAGAUGGGAGCUGAGAAUCAGGUGAGCGAGGAUAGUCGGAAUCAGAUGAGCAAUGAUAAUUUCAGAAAAAACUGGCCCAGUUCAGCAGCACAUUGUACCGCUUGCAAUCGGACAUGUUCACGCGCAGAGAUCCAGGAGAGUACGGAGAUUCGGACGAUGAGUUCGACGAUGUAAGUUGCCGUAAAGUAAGAAAAGGUCAAAAACCGAUUAAUUUCAGUCGUUCGACCGUCAUGCGAUUCAAUCGAGAAAUUUGGACGCGGCAAAGCACAAAAAGUGCCUGACUGAGAUUCUGAACAACGACACGCUUUCGAUGCCGUGCAUUCAGUACGCCCUCGAGCAGCUGUCCCUCACCAAUCAAACGCUGCGCCAACAUAGCCGAACGAUUCGCGGCGAGCCGAGUACCAGCGACAAGAAUGCGACCUCAUCUUCCCCGCUCUCAUCCGAGGGUGCAGCAGACCAGACACUAGCAGCAGUAUUCUCGUACUCUCCGAAAAAGGUGACGCAUGGAGUCACCGACAUUCUGGCGGCGUUAAAAGAAGCACCGGAGUAUCUGGACACCGCGCCAACCGCACCGGAUCCCGACCAGCCGCGUAAGUCCCAGUACGGAACGGCCAACACGGAGAAUCGGAAAGUCAAGAUAAACGGAGUGCACACUCUCCUCUCGCUAGCGCUCUCGAUGCCUCCCAAAAUGGGCGAACGUGUGAAGCCGUCCUCGAUCGUCAGUUUCAUUCUGCACGUGGCAAAUGAGAAUGUGAGUUGGGAAACUUUAUGGAAAGAAAUGAACGUUUAUUUUUCAGAAUCUCAAAAUAGUUCAAGAUCGCUCGAAACGCUCGUGGAUGUCCGAUUUCAUGAUCCUCAAUCAGGCGGAUUCUCUGCCAAGCGGUCUGCAUCUUGGUAAAAUCGGAGAUCAGCCCGAGUUCUGGCAGAGAACUCAGGAUCCGGAUGCGAUUGAGGGGACAGUCGAAGAGGACACCCCGGUGUUCGCAGCUCUUUUGCCGCCCCGUCCGAAAACAUCCGCGCGGAGAGGACGCGGUCGUGCCGGACCUUCCAACGUUGAGCUCGGAUCAAUUGAAGAGGGAGAGGAAAUGGACUCUGAAUAA